ACGCCUGCUCAAAGGCCUCAGACGGUAACAAAGAACCACGCAGCCACUCUUUCUGGGGAGAGAAUUGGAAGAAAAAGGCAAAACUCGUGGGUUGAGACAGAGGCAGUUUAACAGAACAGCAAAGGGAACAAGAAAACACCAACAACGAUACGGACAGAGGAAUGUACAAACACGAUUAUGGAACCACCGCUCACCCACCGGACCUGGGACCCCCAGCCUGCUCCAAGUGGUCCCCCGGCAGCUCCCGGCCACAGACUGGGCAUGGCUCACAUGGCGUGGAAUACCUGUGUCCCUGCUGGAGCCUGGGGAGAAUUAACCCUAUCCCCGCCGGAACCAGGACACUGGCUCUUCAGUUGUCCUCACAGUUUUGAAGAGGUUUCUGCUUUCAGUAUCCGUAGGAAAGCAUUUAUUACUAGUUCUGAUGGCUUCUGCUAGUUGUUUUUUUAGAUUCUUUUUUACUUUUGCUUUGUUGUGGUUUUACACUUAAUGGAGGUCAUGAUCAUUUCAAUUUUCCUCAUUUGGAUGCAAGGUCAGCUUGUUGAAGAAUGCAUGCUUAUUAUCCCUUUGGCUCAACAUUUUAGCCACAUGAGCUUCCUUUUGCCUUUUGCCAAAUCUUCCAAAGAGAUACUAGGUAUUGCCUUUCGGCUGGCAAUGGGAUGUCCCUGUCUAACCUCCAUGCCACCUGUGAUGACUGAAUUCCCUCAGCUGCCCCUAUCCAUUCUGGCUGGCUUGUAACAAGUGUCUCACUUCCAUGCAGCUUCCACCACAGCUGUGCUCAACUUCAAAAGGGGACUAUUUUGGAAUGUGUGACGUCGCAGCUUUAGGAUUCAAGUCCUUCUCUUUGCUUAUGAAUUCAAUUUUAACUCAACCGGCACAGCUUGAUUUUUCAAAAGUAGUAAGGCAUGGGCAAUGGUGGUGUCUCCUCUGCUUGCUAAAUUGCGUGAAACUGGCUGUGAGAUGAAAGGCUUGCAGAUACUACCUUACUCAAACUUCAUUGACAGUUAGGGGAGAGAGAGCAUUAGUGUCACCAUUUGGCUAGCUGACCCAAACAGAAGGCAGCAGGCACAGCUUGCAGAGCGACCACCUAAAGGCAGCAGCUGGAGCACAAGCAAGCAGGGAAAGCAGGACUGUUGUGGUGAGUAAACUGAGUCCUAGGAAGGAGCUGGGGCUUGUGAGGUAGGUGGGAGUUAGGAGCACGGGGUGUACCUGGCAGUGCUGAGUGGGAUUGAGAUGAAAGAUGUCUGUGGGAAAACACAGAUACUGUGGUAUGAGGGUGUUCUGCAUGGGGUUUUCAGAAGACAGGUGGAGUGGGAAGGGAGGAACCGAGGAAAAGCAGUGGGAAUGCAAGGAAAUAAAGUGUGAGUUUUGGGUGGGGGUUUAAGCAAGAUUUUUUUUUUCUUUCCGUUUUCAGCUGUGCAACUAACAGCUGGGUUCAGUUCUCCCUAUCUCCCACCCACUUAGAUGCCAGCAGUGCAUAGGAAAUUCAAAGCACAAAUUUUACCCUCAGGAGUAUCAUCUCACCGUUCUUGCACAAGAGCCCAGCAUUUUAUCCUGUGGUAUCCUGACCCAUUCGCAUUUCUUCUCAGAAGUCUUUCUGAUUCACCAUGUAUCUCAGCAGCCAUUUCCCUUAAUUGUCUCCUUUCAACAACUGCCCCAGCUUGAAAUCAGACUAAACAGUAAUCCGAGGUUUUCCCCAAGAAGUUUCCAUAGUGCUGGGGCUGAUUUCCUGGGCUAAGAAACUGAAGAUCUGUUCAGAGCAUUUCUGAGCUCCCAGGAAUUGUCUGGUUAUCGCCAGUGCUUCCAGUGUUCAGCACAGCCUUCUUUGGCAGAGAGUGAAUGCACAGAUGGGGAAGGCUCAGUGACUUAUUGGUGUCUCCCACUGGAGCCAGGGACCAAAAAGGUCCACCUUUUACAUAGCAAAACUAAGGACACGGAUCAGUGAUCAUACCGUGAUUAAAUGGCAUCAGAAAUCACCUACGCUGAAGUGAAGUUCAAGAACGCACCACCGGCUGCAGUGGUGGAAGUACCUCCUGAGACGAAGAAGCAUGAGCACCAUCCCCAGAAAUAUCCUCCUUGGCUCCCAUGGCUGAUCUCAGUGCUACUGCUGUUGGUUUGCAUUGCCCUUGUUGCUGUUCUCCUUGUCGCUCCCUUCUUCCAUAGUGGUGACCAGCCCACAGCCCUGCAGCAGAAAUUCUCAGAGCUUCAGUGCAUCUUGGAGGUGCUACAAGGCAAAGAGCAAGGCUGGAUCUGCUGCCCAAAUGGCUGGAAACGCUUUCAAAAAAGCUGCUAUUAUCUGUCGACUGAUAAAAUGUCCUGGGCUGAGAGUGUGCAGAACUGCACUGGGAUGGGCUCCCAGCUGGUGGUGAUCGACAGCAAAGCAGAGCAGGCUUUCCUCACUACCGAGCUACAACAGUUUCCAAAAGGAACGAAUUACUACAUCGGUCUGUAUGCACAGGAGGUGGGCAAGUGGCAGUGGGUGGACCAGACUCCAUUGAAUGAGGAGGCAGCGUUCUGGCGGAAAGGGGAACCUACUAAAGUGGACGUUGAGAACUGCACUGUAAUCCAUGUGAGUUCAGAUACACGUAACUGGAAUGAUUCCCGAUGCGUGAGUCAUUAUCGGAUUUGUGAAGUUGCAGCAUUAUCUGACGGCGCGACCCUCAUCCUGAGUUCAACUGGGAGAUGAGCAGUGAGCUGGAAACAGCUGAGGGCUGUGUCGGGAGGGGAGGAGGGCCCUGAAUCCUGCAUUUUCACUCUGCUGGGUGGGACGAUGUGAGUGGAAGUGAUAUUAUCCCGUGUCCAGCAUCCCCAGUGCAUGUAUUGGCUCAGGGGACACAUGAAGGCUCAGGGAACACAUGAAGGCUCAGGGUCAUCAAAGCAGGUCCUGUGCUCUUGUGUGCUCUUCUCUCUGAGUGGGUCUGGCAGCCACCAUGUGAAAAGAGGUUGAGUUCUCCAGAAAGAAGAAACGGGAAUGGAAGACAAAUGUUCAGAGCUGCAAUUUCCUUUGUCUCCUUGGUCAGAGGUGUCUGCUUUUUCUUGGGGCUCACAGAGAAUGUCCUCUGGUUGCACUGGUUUUACUGAACAAAUACUGAUU